UUCAAAUUUGGUCCUUGGUCGAAGGCGCUGCAACAACGGAGCAUGAUAUAAAUAGGAACAACGACAUAUAAGAGCUGAUCUCCAAGUCGCUUCUUUCCACCUAUCCAGUUGGUGAUUCUCUUUGCUGGCAAAGGAACAAAUCCCAACUCUUUUAUUGAGUCUCAAGCAUUUACUAUCGCUUCACCGAUCUUCCAUCCAUAUUCUUAUUCGAAUCAAACGCCCAGAAGAAUGCUUCUCGUUUCCAUCCAUACUGUGGUCAUAGUUUUUGGCUUGUUCAAUCUCCUGUGUGCGAUGCCCGUUUCUGUGAAUAACGCUGUGGGAUCACGCUCCGACGAUGAAUCACAACUGUCACCUCGCAGAGCCAAACCCCUAGCAGAUCAGGGAUUCAACGCCAAUCUGGUACCUUCAGGACCAGCAUUACCACCGGGGGGAGCCCCAACGCCACCCCGAACAGGAUCGCCUGCAAGACCGCCUACGGAGCAACCGGCGGGCGACCCUGCGACACCGUCGACUGGAAAAGUCUGGAUCACAUUUGCUGAUGCUACAACAUCUGCUCAUAACUCGAAUCCCGCCUUUCAGCAAGAAGUAACUGACAUAGUCAAACGUGGACUGGCCAGGACGGCGGCUUUUUCUCCAGAGCGUCAUGGGGAACGAAUUUUUGAUUUCCGAAAUUCUUUCCCCGGCAAUUCUCUUGCACAGCGGCAAGUCAUUCACUGCAAAGUGGAAGACGAUUGGCCCAGUGGUCAAUGCGGCUCGGGAUGUCUUGGUUCGGUAGCUUUUGUGGAUGAUCUUGGUCCGCGUAGCUUUCAUGGGAGAGUGAGAGCGCUCGAUGAGGAUGAACACGAAUCGUACGAGCGUUACCCCCGAGUAUCCCUUCCGCCGCCCCCGCCACCUUCUCCCUAGACGCGAGAUUCGACUUUCUUAUCUAAUUUCGAUGUCACUGGAAGCCUGUAAUUCGUUGAAUCUCGCGGGUGAUAAGCCUGAUUUAGUUUCAGAAUGAAGUUAGUUGAACCUAACAUGAGCCAGAUUGAACUUCCCGCUCGA